CAAGAUUUUUGAAAUCCAGGUUGAAUUCAAUCCACUGACAGCAAUUUUGUAUACUAUUGAUUUUUUUCUACUAAUUUUAAACCUGUAUGCGAUACUAUGUGUGAUAUCGCAAUAUCAAGAACUAAUGGCGGGCAGAGGUACUGCACGUUUUGAACAAACCUUGAAGAUAUCACCGGUGAGAUACACGUGCCAGCCGACGGGCACCAGUUGCCUGAGUUCGAGGCGACCGGCUACACUUCCGGCGUCGCCGACGCAGAGUCCCACAAAGACUACGGUGACCGCGACCACGGGUUCGGUGGUGUUGGCUGCAGGCGGGACGUCCUCUGGCUCACGCAGGGGUUCCAGGAAACACGUUCAGUUCCCGGAUUUCGACGCUCCCAACCUUAAGUCCACAGACCUGUUGCAUGCCAACUGGAAACAAGGAUCAUCGCCACCACCAGAACAGAGCACCGUGACGACUGCAGAAUUAUCGAGUCAACAGCUACUGAUCUCCGACAACCAGUCAAGCAAUUUACAAGCCGAACUGCUGCAGAUAUCCAUGCAAGAUUGUCCAAAAAAAUUUACAGCCGAUAUCUAGACGAGUUUCAGAAGCACAUUUUUUCAUGGUGUCGCACAUCCAAUAUAGCCUUAUUAUAUAAUUUAAUAUACCUACAAUAAUAUAAGUUAUGUAAUGUUUUCUUUGAUAUAAAACUUUUAUUGUGUGAAAAACAUUAUUUUAA